CAUCAGUACUGGAGGAAGGUAAUUUACUCAUGCAAGCUUCUCACCACCUGAAUAGUGCGCCUCUGAUUCUUUGCGGGUAGGUAGGUUUGUUUGCCUGUUUAUAGUUUUAGUGGCUGUGCCGUACGCGCCGAUGCUGGACUCGGAGCCUCGGAGGCCUAGGAUCGAAAUAUUCUGGAUCUCCAAAUAAUUCUGGGAUCAAAAAACCACCUUUAGGUAAGUUAGCGGUUGCGUCAGCUGACUAAUUACAGUUUAACGCUCAAUGACAAAUGUACAUGUGAAAGUACCGAUGUCAGGACAUAUGACGGUGAAUAAAAGGUCUUUCAUUGAACGAUGUAUAAUUCCCUGCGACAAUAUGUUUGACUCCUACAGUCAAGAGAACUCAGACCAAAAGCACACAACCGAGGCAGACAGUGCCGCGCAUGGCGGUCCUGUGAUACUACCAAUUGACACAACCCCUGUCUUACCACAUGAUGACACCGAGGACAGACUAUUCUCACAUGGCCUUUUCGACAACGAUCCAGCGACAUCUGCUGCAAGAAAGGGUUUGUUAAAGAUCAGUAUCUUUGGUGUACUCGUCAUUUUCCUUAUGAUUUGGGGCGUCCUAACCAUCUAUUGGGCCGCUCUCGGUCGGUGGUCCAAUAAUGUUCACAACUUAUCCGGAUAUGUGGUGGACUUUGAUGGAGGUGAAAUCGGGCAAGCAGUAACGCGGGCGUUCAAGAACAUAACUGGUCCGCAACAAAUGUCCUGGCUGAUAUUGGAUGCAGCGCAAUUUCCUGGUGGGCCAGAUGAGGUGGCCCAGGCUCUACUUGAUCAUAGAUGCUGGGCAGCUGUUACUAUCAAUCCCCAGGCUUCAACCAACUUGAAUGCGUCAAUCAAUGCAGCCAAUGCAUCGUAUAACACGACCCAAGCCGUAACCGCAUACCUUACCAGUGGUCGCAAUGAGAAUAUAUACAGGAGCGUCAUCACCCCACAAGUUACCUCAACAUUGACCACCAUAUCGCAUACAUUUUCACUCUCCUUCUCCCAACUUCUAGCAUCAAGGUCAGAUAUCUCGACACUCCUCCAAACUGCGCCUCUACUGGUAAUCCAACCGCUGGCUUUCACCAUUAACGACAUAAGGCCAUUCAAUGUUCCUGUGGCCUCCGCGGUAGAUUAUGUUGGACUUAUCUACCUCCUGAUUUUGGCGUUCGUGUUGACGAACCAACUUAUGGCGGCUCGCAUUGAAUCUGGCUUUGAGAGGCGUUUGAGGUUGCGACCCCUCAUCCUUCUUCGCUUGCUAUGGCCGGUCACUCUCUAUUUCUUCGUCUCCCUAAUGUAUUCUCUCUUAAGUUUGGCGUUCGGAGUACCAUUCAGUAGGAACUUUGGGCACGCAGGCUUUGUCAUCUACUGGAUGAUGUCGUGGUGUAGCAUGUCCGCCUUGGGUCUCGCUCUCGAAUCUAUGAUCACCCUCCUCACUUUCAAAUUCAUUCCGAUAUUCCUUAUCCUGUGGAUUAUAUCAAAUGUAUCUGUAGCCCUUUAUCCGAUAGAAGUGUUGCCCGCCGUCUUUCGCUAUGGCUUUGCUAUGCCAUUCUACAAUGUUUCAAGCACAGUUCGGACGAUUAUUUUUGGCACCAAAAACCAGAUCGGGUUAAAUUUCGGUAUCCAGUUGUCGUGGAUUCUAGUAUCUUGUAUCACCCUUCCGAUAUUUCAAUGGCUCGUCAGACGACGACAAGUUAAGGCUUGGGAAAAAUCCCAAAUAGCUGCGCGAGAGAAGGCAUAACGCGUAAUUCAUAUCCGCAUCUUUUGUGUUAGCCACUCAGACUCCAGAACGCUGUGGAGCCCACAAGCCCGCCAUGGGCUAGUACUAUACAGUAACGUCACAUGUCUUUUGAAUUCAAAGUACUCUACAUUCAAGG